AUGCGUUUGCGUUCAAAAUCCACCGCGACUGGUCGAGCUACACCGGAUUUCGAAAAAGAACAAUACGAAGUGAUGUUCGACUUCACUGCCCGGCAUCCAGAUGAGCUUAGUUUGACUACUGGGAUGACAAUCAGUAUUUACCUCAAUCCACCGUUCACAGUCAGCCCCGGGUGGUUGUAUGGUGAGCACAACGGGGUCAAGGGCAUGCUUCCUAAAUCGUACGUACGCAAAAAGAUCACGGGUAAAAUCGACCCGUUCGAUCCCUUUGGUGUGCACAAGGUGCACGUCGCUGCAACUCCGCCGGCUCAACCAGAUCGUUGCGUGAACGAUAGUCAGUCGAAAUCCACCGAAAACGAUCCUGGAACGGGCAAACCGUUGUUCGCUUGUCUAGCGCUAUAUCCCUAUGAAUCUACCGUGCCUGGUGACUUGAACCUGGCUGUGAAUGAUGAAGCCGCCUUGCUGAAGCAUGAGAAUGAACCUUCCUCGCCCGCAACAGAAGUUGCCUGGCCCUCCCUGGUACCGUUGGCAACCGCGGCUGUGACGAGCUCCACCAGUUUUUCGACCAGUGCCGCUCCACCAGCCGUUAGUUCGACCGCAGCAUCCAAUCAAGUUGAAUCCUCCUCACCAAUACCCGCACCACAACCUACAACAGCAGCACCGUCGUCUGAUGAACCAACAGCGGUGCCCACGACAACCACAGCCACCGGUGCUGAUGCAACAACUGCAACAUCCAGUUCACCGUCAUCUUCACCAAACACGGUUGUUGUCAGCACGAAACCAGAAUUCGCUCGCGUCAUUGCUCCUUAUACGGCUACCGCACCAGGUCAGCUAUCCCUGCAACCCGGUCAGGUGGUUCAGCUUCGAAAACGUUCCCCCAAAGGUUGGUGGGAAGGUGAAUUACAAGUGAGUUCGGGAUAUUAUAGUUGCCUGUCAUGA